CCUCUGGCUCCUCUCCGUUUCACUUAUUAACUAGCAAGCCUCCAGCCUCGUCGGCGCUUUGUGUCUCCUCGGCUUUGCCAUCUCCUCGACACCAAACACAGUAGCAACUGCUAGUGGCAGCUCGCUCAACCUACCGAAAUACGAAGUGCCCAUCCGCACAUAAAUACCGCUCGGUCAGCCCUUGGCUCGUUCCGCGCGCCGUCCUUUCUGUCGCCAUCACCCGCCCACCUACGGACUGACUGCCUCACCCCGCCAUCGCUUCCCCCGCGAACAAGAACAAGCUCCCCGUCUCAAUGUCCGCCAACGACUACUACGGAGGCGGCGGCCCGCCCCAACAGCCCGGCUACGGCGGCCAGCAGGGCUACGGCGGUCAACCGCAACAGUACGGCCAGCAGCAGCAGGGCUACGGCAGCGGCUACCCGCAACAGCAGCAAUACUCGCAGCAGUCCCACUCGCCAUACCCCCAGCAGGACGCCCCCUACGGCCAGCCGCCACACCAGCAGGGCGGCAGCUACCAACAGCAGCCCACGUACGCCCAGGGGCAGCAGCCCGGCUACGACAACCGCGGACACUCGCCGCAGCCCUCGUAUCACCAGCAGCAGCCGCAAUACGGCGGCCAACAACAGCAGCACGGCGGCGGCGGUGGCUACGGUGGUCAGCCCCAGUACGGCGGCGGCGCGGCUUCCUCGUAUGCGGGCGGCCCUCCCGGCCAGCAGCAGUACCCCGGCGGUCCCGGCGGUCCCGGCGGCCCUGCUGGGCCUGGUGGGCCUGGUGGGCCUGAGGGCGAGCGCGGCCUCGGCGCCACCCUCGUGGGCGGCGGCGCGGCCGGCUGGGCGGCGCACAAGGCCGGCGGCGGCAUGCUCGGUACCAUUGCGGCCGUGGGUGCUGGUGCCGUGGGCGCCAACGUCCUGGAGCACGCCUUCAAGAAGAAGCACAAGAAGCACAAGAUGAAGAAGCACGGCAGCCGCGGCAUGAGCAGCAGCAGCAGCAGCGACUCGGACUAAAGGAGGGAAGGAUGCAGAGGGGCGGUGUAAACUGCUGCUUUUGUUAUGGGUGCCUACGUCGGAUGAUCCUCAGACGAUGAAGUUUUUGUCGCAGGGCGGGAGUCAGUGUGGGCGGUAUCAUGGUUGACUAUGCCCGUGUAAGAUUCACGACGGCAACGGAUUUGCAGAUUGACUUUUUAUUUUAUUUUGGGAGGAUUAAUGUAUCCUGAUGAUGGAUCAGGAGGCAUAUAUACACCACUGCGCAUGUCGCAUAUAUAUAAAUAUGACACCCACGAGCGUUGUUGCGCUGGUCGAUUGAUGAAUCCG